AUGCAUGCCAAAGAUCUGGUUCGCAUCCCAACCACGCUCUUAUCUCGAUGUUUGGAACGUUUGCGGCAUGUGACCAUACCAUUCAUACACAAUGACAGCAACUCCGACUCAAAGUACAUUGUGGUGAAAGGCGCGAAUACUCUGGAGCAUAUCACACUGAUUGAGGAGCUGGAUCACUAUGCCGAUUGGACGAAUAUCACUGACGACAAUCUAUUAUUAUUCUAUCUGUAUGAUGAUUAUCUAAAUGGUGAUGACAGCGAUGAUAAGGAUGAUGAUGAGGACGAGGCGACCGAGACCUGGUUCAAAUCAUUGUGCAAACAUUACUUUGGCCCCAACAGAACAUCACUUCAAACAAUUGAGACUCAAUCAUACUCAAACAUCUACUAUCCAAAGACAACAUUAUUGAAUGUAGCCAUAAAUAAUCGAUUGACAAUCAACUUUCGAUCAUUCUUGGGACGUCCUUUGGAGGGCCACCUCACAUCAUUGCACAUUGGAUCACAAAUGGAGUUCAGCCACGUUGAGAAAAAAUUGGUGGAUAACUAUGGCAUCACAGAUCACCUCCAUUACGUCACUGGAUCCCUAUCCAACAUACAUAUCAGUGAGCCAAAAGAAAUGAAGAGAUUCAAUAAGGACCAGAUUGAUGCGAUCCAGCUAUUAUACCUACGUAUUGGUGCCAGUGCCACUGCCAGUGCCACUGCCGUUGAUUCAUUAUCACACAAAAGAUCAUACUCACUGUUCCUCGACAUCCAAGACCUAAGCAACGUGAUUACAUUGCUUCCACAAUGUUCAACACCGAUCACAUCAUUGUCGAUUCAUCUAAAUGAUUUGGAGAGAAUGAUAAGAUGCCAUAUCAAUGGAUCACUCGACACACACAUGGCCUCAUUAAUCAAUCAUCUCAAUCAACAAUCAAUCUUUGGCACACUAACAUCACUCUCACUCGUUAUCGAUGACACACACCACAGCAUCGCCAUACCAUUCCAUCAACAUCAUCUACUCUCCACACUCACAUCAUUGCCAUCACUUGAUCCACAACUCAUCAAACACGAUUGA